UUGACUCCAACUGCUGCCCAUCCAUUCCUCAGUUGGACACAGACUGUCUCGUCUCAGCAGGCAGACGCAGCCAACAGUUUGGAUCAUCGCCAGCUGAUUGGCACCGAUGACCUCAUAGCCUCAGCGCCCGCCACGCCACACCACCGCAAGUUUUACUUCCGCUGUCAAAAGAAUUUCAACCCCUGGACCCUUAAAAAAACUUCAUUCGGUGUCGAGUCUAGCAAAGCCUCGUUGGAGCGAUGCGUCUUUGAGUUUUGACGAUUCUUACGACUUUUUUUUGUGUCUUUGGUCAUUUGUCUUUUUUGUUUUUUAUUUUUACUGCUGUUCCUCAUCGGCGGAUUCUUGCCUGUAUUCAGCCCACCUACAUACCUGUACACACAGACGGCAUCUCCGAACCUAAAGAGAAAAAAUAACGAGACAACAUCAUCACCACGCACAACAUCCCACGAUGCCUCGCCAACGCGGCGGCGGCGUCAAUCGACGGCCAUACCAGCUGAUGCUUCUCGCUUUUGCAUCUCUGACCUCCAAAACCCUCGCCCUGCCCUCCGCAACUCGCCUCGACCAACAACGGAAACUCAGCGGCCGGUUCCUGCAUAUCUCAGAUUUCCACCCUGACGAACUCUAUCGCGUGCACACAUCCACCGAAGAAGGCAUCGCAUGCCACCGAGGAAAAGGAUUGGCUGGAUCGUAUGGAGCCGAAAAGACGGAUUGCGACACUCCGUUUUCGCUUGUAAACGCCACCUUUACCUGGAUCGAGGAGAAUAUCAAGGAUGAUAUCGAUUUCGUUAUCUGGACGGGCGACUCGGCCAGGCACGAUAGCGACGAGCAGAAUCCUCGACACGAGCCCGAGAUCCUGAGGACGAACCGCAUCAUUGCCGACAAGUUUGUCGAGACAUUCUCAUCUCCCGAACACGGGCUCGAGAUCCCCAUCGUGCCUACUUUCGGCAACAAUGACUUCCUCCCCCACAACAUCAUGUUGCCAGGGCCCAACAAGUGGUUCGCAACCUACAGUGACAUUUGGCGCCGCUUCAUCCCCGAAGAGCAGCGUCAUUCCUUUGCGUUUGGCGGCUGGUUCUACAUCGAGGUCAUUCCCAAUCAGCUUGCCGUCUUCAGCUUGAACACAAUGUACUUUUUUGAUCGCAAUGCCGGUGUGGAUGGCUGCGCCCACCCCUCUGAGCCUGGCUACAAGCACAUGGACUGGCUGCGCGUGCAGCUGCAGAUCCUGAGGGAGCGAGGUGUCAAGGCUAUUCUCAUGGGCCACGUGCCACCUGCUCGGACGGAGAGCAAGCAAAAUUGGGACGAAACUUGCUGGCAAAAGUACACGCUAUGGCUCAAGCAGUACCGCGACGUUGUAGUUGGCUCUCUCUAUGGACAUAUGAACAUUGACCAUUUCCUUCUCCAAGAUGAAAAGGAACUGACUCCGGAGCUUGGUAUCGACCAAGUCCGUACGCGUGGCUCUCCAGACGAGUCAAUAUCCAUCUCUUCCAAAGAAGAUUACCUUCAGGAAUUACGGGACACAUGGACGGAAUUGCCCAAGGUUGUUACUCGUGACUUUGAUAAUGAAGCCAAUGAGGAAGACGAUGAAGAGACGGAGUUGGGCAAGAAAGAGAAGAAGGGGAAGAAGAACAAGAAGAACAAGAAGCUGGGUAAGAUCGGCGGCAAGUACGCUGAGCGAUACCAACUCUCCCUCAUCACGCCCAGCGUUGUGCCAAACUACUUCCCCACACUUCGCAUUUUUGAGUACAACAUUACCGGAAUCGAAGACGUACCUGUGUGGCGAGAUGCAUACGACCAGGCAAACCCACCUACGGCGUUGGAACUCCCGGAGGAUGCCAUCGACUACGAGAAUCCAGAAGAAGUCUUGAUCGAGAUUCUGAAGAAGAAGCACAAGAAGGACAAGAAGAAGAAGGACAAGUCGCGCAGGCCACCUAAGGACCACGACCUGGUCGUUCCUCUGGACCCACCCGAGGGUUCGACUCCUGGCCCUGCCUACUACCCUCAGCUCCUCACCCUGACUGGGUACACGCAAUACUUUGCCAAUCUCACUCACAUCAACGAUGACCUCCCUGAUGUUGGCGUCGACAUCGCCAAGUGGCGCAAAGGCCAACACGAUCACAAGGAACCCAAGCAUGGAAAGCCAAAUCCACGAGAGUUUCAGUAUGAAGUGGAGUAUAACACAUUUGAAGACAAACAUUACAAAUUGCCCGACUUGACAGUCAAAAGCUACCUAAAACUGGCCUAUAGAAUGGGCCAGAGAGAAGGCAAAACGCUGGACGCAUACGAAGAAGAUGAAGAUGUGGAUUCAGGAGCAGACGAAUACGCAGACAAUGAGCCCGAAUCAUCACUCAAGAAAGGAAAGGGAGACAAGAAAAACAACAAGAAGAGCAAGAAGGAAAAGAACAAGACUUGGCUGCACUUUUUGGGCCAUGCCUUUGUUCGCACGGUACCCAAUGAGGAGCUGGAAAAGAUGUGA